AUGACAGAAGCAUGCGCGCUGCUUCAGUCAAACGGAUCUGUCCCUUCACCCGCAAUUACUAUUAACGUUGGAGGUCGAAGGGCGAGAUUAUCGGUCGAUAUGGUAUCCCGGCGGCUCGAGAGCUGUCGCUUGUCAGUGUUCUGUCGUAAAACACACGUAGAAAAACUUACUGAUUGCGAUGCGUACUUUGAGCAUACCGGAGAGUACUACUUCGAGCGGAGUCCCGUCAUAUUUGAGUACAUCGUCGAUUUUUUCGUAACUGGAAAAUUGCAUCGACCGAUGGAUAUUUGCCCAAUAAGACUUCGAUAUGAAUUGGAUUACUGGAGAAUUCCAGUGCACUAUCUCUCGCCAUGUUGUAUGCUGGAAGAAAACAAUAAUCAUAGUAAGAAGAGAGCGGAACAGGCAGCUCAAGAACCAUCUUGUCCUGCAUCUUCCUUCGACAAAGUAUGGAUGGGGCCGAUGCGACUCAGUCUUUAUCGACUGCUGGAGAAUCCAAGCUCUUCCUCUGGAGCGAAAGCACUUUCUAUAAUAUCUGCUUUCUUCGUACUGCUUUCUUUGUUAGGGUUAAUACUUAGUUCUAUGCCGGAACUGCAGGAUCAACACAAGGAGCCGCACCAAGCUCUUCAAUGGCUCGAGAUGUGCUGUAUGGCUUACUUUACCGUGGAAUACUUAGCACGAUUCUUUGUUAACCCAAGUAAGUCGAAGUUUGUGCGUUCUCCGUUGAAUGUCAUAGACGUGUUGACGAUUUUGCCCUUCAUUAUUGAAGCGUUCAAUGAACUUCAGUGGAUGAAAAAUUUCAGAGGAGCUAUGUUGGUGGUCCGAGUAAUGCGGUUAGCUCGUGUAGCUAGGAUCUUCAAACUGGCCAGAUACAGCACAGGACUGCGAGCGUUCGGGGAGACGAUGAAGAAAAGUGCAGCCGAGUUGAGCAUGCUAGGCAUGUUUUUAGUUACAGGGAUAAUGCUAUUCUCCACAGCGAUCUACUUCUUCGAGAGAGAUGAACCGAAUUCGAAGUUUUACUCCAUACCUGCUGCCUGCUGGUGGUGCGUGAUAACAAUGACGACCGUUGGCUACGGUGACCUCGUUCCCGUUACGGCAGAAAUCCACGGUGUUGUCACCAUCAUUCUGUACAACAUUAAUCCAUUUAUUGUACAAGUCGCUGAUGUUGAUAAGUUCAUUGACAGAAGCCGCGAAAAAAAAAGAUUGUUUCUGAAACCAGAGGAUUCAAACGAUUCCUUGCACAGGUGGAGCUUCCGUGUUCGUAGUAGUCCAACAGCCAUGUGUUGCGGGCCUGGCCAGCUUAACAGAAAGGACCGCGGUCUGAUGACUGAUCUAUUUUGGUAA